CUCGGAGUGGACACUAGUCCUGCUCCCAGGAGGAGUGGUCAAGGACAGCUCCCAGAGGAGGUGCCCCUCCUGCUCGCCAGCACGCGCCGCUGCGGGCCUGGGUCUCCACGUGCUCUCAGGUUUUGGGGCAGAGACCAACACAUUCACACACGUGUUAGGUAACAGUGAUGAGUAAGGAACGUGAAGGAAGGCACGGGGCCAUUUGCGCCUUCUGGGGGGAGACCCCAGAGCUGUUGGCGUGGGGGUGGGGACUAACGAAUACCCACAGGACCAGGUGUCCCAGGGUGGCCACGACAGAAAAGUAGCCUUUUCUGAGGAAGACACAGGAAGCUGUGUCCCUGUGCUGGCUCUCCUUCCUGCACUGUGCACCUUUUCCUGCGUGCCACAGAGGAAAUACUAAACCAUAGGAUGGAGCUGGUUGGAGAGGGUGACCGUGAGGGGCUCAAGGAGGAAGUCUUAGUGUUCCUCUUAACUGGGACAACAACGGUGGUGCCCCACCUGGGGGUGUUGGAAGAGCAAAUGGGUCGGUCCCUGCCCGUGUUUUGUUUGAUGCGAAAUCCUAGUGCGCAUGCCCAUGCCAUCUUUGGGUGGGGAGGCGGAGGGGGGUCCCUCGGCCUCCCUUGGCUUGAGCUUGGGCUGGGGCUGCAGGUGGGCAGGCAGGCCUGUGUCCUUGCCCUGGGAACAUGGGGGUGAGCCCCUCCUGUGUGCACAGCACGCACUGCCGUGGGUCACUCGCUUAACCUGGACCAACGGUCCUCUGAGGUAGGCACGGUAGUCCCUGAUUUAUAGACCAGGAAACUGGGCCCCUGGAAUAUGCUGAAGUGACAGCAAACCUGCUCAAAGUGGCUUCGGCAGCUGAGGAAAUGCAUCGACUCACGUGCCUGCAUGUUGGUCCAAAGGCUGGGCUGGGUUCAGGGGCUCGCAGACUCGGAGACCGGAUCGGCCAGGGCACCCAGUCUUGUCCACUCUGGAGGCAAUUCUUAGCCACAGGCUACACUUCAAUAGCCAUGUCAGGGCCUUGGGAGCCCCAGAGAACACGGUUCGGGCGGGAGGAGACUCAGUGCCAGUCAGGUGGGGCUUGGCCUAAUGGCCAGACCCUCCUGGCCUUGUCACCGGACACUGGAGGGCUUUGUGGGCAGUGGCUGGCUGUAUCCUGGCUGAGCCUGGGCCCUGACCUUUCAUGGGAACCCCCUGCCUUUCACUGCCUUGGGAAGGGGCUGCAGCCACAAGCGCAGCAAGGUGGGGUGUCCAGUGGCAGCAGUGUCCAGAAGCAGGCGGUGGGUCGAUUGAAAGACUGUUGGAGGGCGGGGGCUGGCCACGGCGGCGACGGGCUCCGGGCUGCGGGCCAGGCAACCUUCCAGCCGGUCAGACGACGCGGGAGCGCCCACGGCCCCGCCCCCCGGAAGGGCCCGCGGAGCCGGCCCCGCCCCCCGGAAGGUCCGACCCGCUCCUUCCCUGCCGCCGGGCGGAAGCCUGGUGAGAGCCGCGGACGCUCGCCUCCCGUGCGGGCCGGGCUUCGGUUCUUCCAGGGUGAGCAGGGAGCCAGCAGCUUAUUUCCGCUCCUCCUGCUGGACCGUGGUGCUUCAGCCCUGGAGCUGGGGCUGUGGAAUGGUGUGGGCGCCAUGGCCUGCUCCAUUGCCGGCUCCUCCCUAGGUGGGGCCCUGUUGUCCAGGCACUGGCAGCCGCUGCACCUGUUGAGGUUAGUGCUGCGGCUCCGCCUUGGCGGCCUGGCCUGCCAGACUGCCCUGCUCUUCCACCUGGACACACCAGGGGCCAGCCUGGGCCAUGGCACAGCCCUGAGAGGAGCAGCCUUGCUGAGCCUGUGUCUGCAGCACUUACUAGGGGGCCUGGUCACCACUGUCACCUUCACUGUGAUGAUGCGCUGCAGCCAGCUGGCAGCCAGUGCCCUGCAGGCCACCCACUACAGCCUCCUGGCCACUCUGGAGCUGCUGGGGAAGCUGCUGCUGGGCGCCCUGGCUGGGGCCCUGGCCGACGGCCUGGGGCUGCGUCCCUGCUUCUCCUUCCUCCUCGCCCUCUCAGCCCUGCCCCUUCUGGGCCUGGGCAUGGCACCCAGCACCCUGGCCUGAGCUGGCAGCUGGACUGGUCAAUAAAGCCGACUGUGCCUGAGACCCAGAAGCCUGUGUCUG